AUGGAUUCCACAUUGCAACAAUUUCCUCCUCCGCCAUUCCCACCUCUCCAUAUCACCACGGACACUUAUACCCCGUCGUCAUUCCAUCGACGUCCGUCCAGUGAAACCUCCAGCUCGUCAAGUUCGCGAGCCACUUCGCCGCCCGCCUCACCGACCACAACUCUUCGUCGACAUCAUCAUCAUCAUCAUCACCAGUUGAAAGACCAGACUUCUCCACACCAUCUUUUCAACCUCUCCUUCCACCCGAGCACUGUCCAUGCAAAGGAGGAGUUUGGUGCCGACAGAAACCCUACUGUCCGCCAGGGUCGUGCUCGUGAAUCGUACUCCCCCCCACGCACCUCGCGCUGGGGCGUCGACAUUCUCAAAGGCUCCGUUCUUCGCGGUCGGUCCUCUCUAAUGGUUCUCCGGCGACGUCCGUCCGCUGUGGACCGGGCCCUGAGCGAGGAACGGAGUCGUUGUGAUGAAGAUGCGAUUGAGAGACAAGGCCUGGAUCUCAUGGAGCCUCGACCGGUGGACAUGCAAUUACCCAUCACCAUGCUGAUGGAAGAGCCGGCUGCAAUUCAUCGUCGGUCUCCGUCCACAUCGAGCGGCCGCUCAGAUCCAGAUAGCCGAUCGACUGCAGCUCAUCACCCUUGCUUUGUCAUGGGUGGUAUCUUUGAAGUCAUGGAGGGUCGAGUAUGA